UCAUGGAAUUUGCUUAUAUUACGGAAUAUUUGAAGGUAGUUGAAUACACCCAAUGGAAUUUACUUGGAGCACUUCGAUAUGUAUUAAGCAAAACUGAAUUUACGAGCAGUGAUAUAAAUGUAAUCUAUAAAAUGUUCAAGCAACAUUUAGAAAGUAGAGCAGAAGAUAAGAAUUUAUUAAAAUCAGCACAAAAUAAGGCUCGACAGGUUUUUCAAGAGUUAUACAUAAGUGAUCAGCAAUCAAAGAAUUUCUCGAUAGCCAAGAUUUAA